AUGCUGCGAUUCGUGACUUUGCUUGCAGCGGUGCUGUAUGUGUCUGCCGUACCGAACCCUAUCUCCAACGUGUUGAAACUUGACUUGGAUCCUGAUGAAGCCCAGAACUAUAUCAACAACCCACCUUACACCGAGCCUCAGCUGGUUGGACGCAAGGCUGUUUUACCUCUGAUCAGGUUUGACGAUCCGAGGUUUCGCUCUGCUGAAGCAGGCCCAACCCUUGGUCAUUACUGGAGGAAUGGAGAGGAGAUCACGAACCCAGAAGAUUACGUUGAAGAGAUAUACGACGCUUCUCAAUACCAUGGCCAGGACGGCCGUGGUGCAUACGUCUACGGAUAUGAGACCCCGGAGUCCGCAAAAGUAGAAGACCGCGCAGGAUCCGGCAAAGUCAAGGGAUCCUACACGUACAAGAGUGGCAACGACAUCAUUAAGGUUACUUACUGGGCCGACAGCGAGGGCUUCCACCAGGAGGACAACCUGCCCAAAAUCGAGCUGAAGCCUGCAGAAGAGACGGAGGCAGUACGCGCGGCGCGUCUCGCCCACGAGAAAGCUUGGCAGGAGGCACGCGCUGCCGCGCUGCUGUCGCCGCAGCCCCAGGGUGAAUACGAGCCAUCUGCAUCCGAGCUGCAAGAUUCCGUCGUGUCUGCGCCGGCUCCGGCAGAAGCACAAUCGCGCGAGGGCAAAGCAUUGCCGGCCUACGGACAAAACUCCUACCCGCAGCAGUCCUACCCUCGGCCGUCCGUCUCGACAACCACAGAAGAACCUGAGCCCACCGGUCCCCCACGUGGUUUCUUCUACAGUUUCACAUAUCCGGUCUCCAUCAUAGUUCCCAAGGAGAGUGCACAACCUGAACAGAACUAUAACCAGGACUUCAAACGCGCUUAA